CAUCCAGAAGAAACCGUUACAAAUGUUAACCGACACUUUAAAACCGUUUUAAACCAGAAUAUCACCUAAUUUACAGAAAAGCAGUAUAACAUAUCCUAAUCCCGCUUCAGCUGUUACAGAGAGUAAUGACGGAGGUUUCACUUUUAGUCAUCUUUAGUGCUUUUAAUUAUUUGUUACCAAUUGAAGCGGAUUCAACGUGAUGUGGGGCGUUUCCUUUCGGACACCGUCACACACGGAACAGCCUAUCCCAGAGGAUCAACCGUCACACACUGGAAAUGCCUCCUUACUUGUAACUUGUAGCUAACGACAGGCUGCAAAUAAUUACAAUGGGUUGUAUCGGUAGCUAGCUUCUUCUUUAACCCACCAUGUAAGCUGUCUUUCCACGGAAGGUUGUUGACUCGUGACUGAGCGCCGUAGGACGGUACAGGAAGAAGCCAGUGCUCCGAACAACGACAAGAGAAGACGUACUAAGAUUGAGGGUACGUCCGAGCACUCGCCCUACAGUGCAGAAGUCCGGGUUACCAGACCUGUUUACCACAGCGGUUUAACCGUUAAACGCCUACACAUGCCGGCGCCUACGCCCGGAUCGACACCCUGAAGGCAGCGAGAGAAGGAGGGAGGGAGGCAGCUCCAGGGUCCCCGACACACAGCCGAGGAGAGGCAUCGCUGAAAUGAGAUGAGGCUCAGAAAUGGUACUGUGGCCACUGCGAUUAUUUUCUUCACGUCUUUCCUCAGCCUGUCCUGGUACACAGCGUGGCAGAAUGGCAAAGAGAAGCUGAUAGCAUACCAGCGUGAGUUCCAUGCCUUGAAAGAGCGCCUCCGUGUGGCAGAGCACAGAACGCUGCAGCGCUCGUCUGAGCUCAACAACAUCCUCGAGCAGUUCAGACGUGCCAUCGCCGAGACAAACAGCAGCAAAGAUGCCCUCACCAACUUCUCAGAUGAAACACAGAAGCUACUGAAGGAGCUCGCGAAUAGGAAACCUCUCCAGGUGCCAAAUAUCUACCACCACCUGCCUCACCUACUCAACAAUGAGGGCAGCCUGCACCCUGCCGUGCAGGUUGGUCUGGGCCGCACAGGAGUCACCAUGGUGAUGGGGAUCCCCACAGUUAAGCGAAAGGUGAAGUCUUACUUGUCAGAGACGCUGCAUUCGCUGAUAGACAAGCUGUCGCCAGAGGAGAAACUGGACUGUGUCAUAAUCGUCUUUGUCGGGGAGACUGAUGAGGACUAUGUUCACAGUGUGGUUGCUGGCCUGGAGAAAGAGUUUUCUACUGAGCUGAAUUCAGGCUUGCUGGAGGUGAUCUCCCCUCCCGCUGCCUAUUACCCCGACCUCACAAACCUCAAAGAGACGUUUGGGGACUCCAGAGAAAGAGUCAGAUGGCGAACCAAGCAGAACUUGGACUAUUCCUUCCUCAUGAUGUAUGCUGUGAGCAAAGGGGUUUAUUAUGUCCAGCUGGAGGAUGACAUCGUGGCAAAGCCGAACUACUUUGCCACCAUGAAGAACUUUGCACUGCAGCUCUCGUCAGAGGACUGGAUGAUCCUGGAGUUCUCUCAGCUGGGGUUCAUCGGAAAAAUGUUCCAGGCUCCCGACCUAAACCUCAUUGUUGAGUUUAUAUUCAUGUUCUACAAAGAGAAGCCCAUCGACUGGCUGCUGGACCACAUCCUCUGGGUCAAAGUCUGCAAUCCUGAGAAAGAUGCUGUACGUAUCAAUCAAUCAAUCAAUCAAUCAAUCAAUCAAUCAAUCAAUCAAUCAAUGUUUAUUCAUAUAGCGCCAAAUCACAACACAUAUUAUUUCAAGAUGCUUUACAAACAGAGCAGGUCUAGACCGUACUCUAUGUUAUAUGAUUAACAAAGACCCAACAUCAAGACAGGAUAAGAUACAGUCCCAUCUUCCAGACAGGGCUCAGUCUGAUCUCAUCUUAAUCAACCAUGAGCAGAGCACCACGCAGGAUUCAGCUAGUUACAGUGACAAGGAAAACUUUAACAGGCAGAAACCUCGAGCAUAACCAGACUCAUGUUAGACAGCCAUCUGUCUCGACUGAGUUGCGGUUGCAAAGAGGGACAGAGGAGAUGUAGCAGAGGAGCGUCUCAGAGGAACCAACGAGAAAAGGGAGCUCAGGGACUCCAGAAAGGCCUAUGGUUGGUAACUUUAAUGUAACAGGAAGAGUUAAAGUAAGUGAUAGGCAGAGAGAGGGGUGGAAAAGGAAUCCCAGUGUAGUAUUUAUAGUAAAUUGAGUGUAGAUCUGAGUGAUCCUCAAAGGAAACGGUCCUAUUAUUGUUCCUUUUUUCCAUCUUUACAGAAACACUGUGAGCGACAGAAGUCCAGCCUACGUGUGCGGUUCAGGCCCUCCCUUUUUCAGCAUGUGGGACUCCAUUCUUCUCUUGCUGGAAAAAUCCAAAAGCUCACAGACAAGGACUUCCUGAAGCCUCUGCUCCAUAAGAUGCAUGUCAACCCCCCGGCUGAAGUUUCCACUUCAAUGAAGGUUUAUCAGGGUCACACACUCGAGAAGACGUAUCUCGGAGAGGACUUUUUCUGGGCCAUCACCCCGACCGCAGGAGACUACGUCCUCUUCAAAUUUGACAGACCUAUCAGCAUAGAAAGGUUCCUGUUUCGCAGUGGUAACCAGGAGCACCCAGGGGACAGGAUCGAGAACACCACAGUGGAAAUACUGCCUGUUUCGGAAACCAGACUGCAGACCAAAGACAAGUACAAACGGACCGAAGACCGCUUUUACAGGAUCGGUCAGUUUGUGAAGGGUGUGGCAGAAGGUGCUGUGGAUCCGUCCUUCAAUCCCAUCAUUGCACUUCGACUUUCCGUUAUCAAAGACUCGGCUGUGUGGGCCAUCGUCAGUGAGAUACACAUUAAGAGGAUAGCUGGCUGACUCUUCUGGUCUGGGGCAUAUGAAUCAUAGCCCUAGGGGAACCAAAAUGUCCUGGACUGCUUAUGCAGGGCCCUCUGGCACUCGGCAACCAGCAGUGACGUCAUUAGAGCCCACUAGAGUAGCUCGUCUGAGCUCGUCUGAGGAACGCCACCUCUCUCUUCCCGCUCUUCCUAACGUACUUUAUUUUGCUUCCCAUCCAUUGAGUUUUUAUCUGCAUCUCUCCAUCACUCUUGUGCUCUUAAUUCAUUUUAGUAAGAAUGUGAAUACUACUGUCUAACAAACAACAGUGAAGUAUGUGAAGACAUCUGUUCCCAGCUCUGGCUCUCAAAAAGGACUGUGUAAGUCAGCAGCUUUGAACACAAUCAGACAAAGGUCUGGGAUGAAUGAAGACAAAUCAUCACGUGGGAGAACCAGUCACCUGGCCACUGGUGUACAUGCUGCCAAAUCUUUCUCUGUUACUCGAUGCUGCCACCUCUGGGCGAGCUGGGGCAUUGCACUGUCACUAGCGCCUCAGCUGAGCCCGUGAUGACCAAGAAUGUUGUCAUCACUAAUGGCCGGUCUCUCUCUCUGUUCUCCACGGAGAGGUGACGGAGCUCUUGAUCAACACCAGCCCAACUAAAACAAAUGUUUCCAUCACUUCCAGAGUAUUGUCAGACACGCUCAAAUACUCCAAUUCUCCUGAAAACAAAAGAAAACUCAGGAUGAGCCAGCCAGUAACAACGUCAACGACCAAUAGGCCAGAUUCAGUGGCAACUACCCCGAUCCAUCAAGGAAAUAAAUACCAUGACUCCUUAUCUAUUUCACCUCCUGUCUGACAGGCCGUCUGUGACCUCAGUGUCCAUUUAUAGUAAACCAAUCAGACAUUGCCUUGGCGUCAUUUUCCUGAAGGAAUAUAUUGUUAUAUUGAUAUAUUAUUACAGCUAUGACGAUCUAUGAAGGUGACUUAAUUUAUUUGAAAUAAAUCUUUAAUUUGUACAAGAGGUAAAAUAUAUUUUUAUUCUAUGAGAGAUGUUUAUGGUAGUUGAGAGUCUGUUUUACUUGUUUACGUUUGUGUUUGGGUUUUUUUUUUCUAUAUUGUUAAUGAACAUUUUAUUUUCAUUUAAUAGCUACUUGCAAAGUUGCUUAUUCUGUUGAUGCAAGUAGCUGUGCCAUUUCUUUUUCACUUGAUUUGAAAUGUUCCGACUAAAAGGAUUAAUUUUCACUGCUAAAAAGCUGACCGGUAGGAGGAGUGUGAAGGGUUUGCUGUUGAAGGAGUUGUGUCCAAGUUUUAAAGAAAAUGUGCCUUACAUCCAGGUCCCUUGAAGUAGUCUCAGAAACUCUAUUCCAAUCUGUUCCCCUUCACUUGUCCUACUCUUUUGAUUGCUGGAAUACUAACCAUUUCAAAAUAACACGUCAUCCAAUAAGUGAUUGGAUUUUAAGAACAAUAUCUCUGAGUACUCAUCUGAAACAGCGUGAUUUGCACUGUUUUUUCACUAUGUUUUGUGACCAUCGCAUCCUUCAUCAGUGUACUUUAAAUUUUUCAUCUUACCAUAGUAGACGCUUGUUCCGCUGAUUCCUCCAAAUCCAUGCAGCGAUUUAUUCUGUCCAAUCAAAUGUCUGGUCUUUCAGUUUGGACAGAAUAUCAUGACUACUGAUCACUGCAGAGUGCGCCUUUUGUUGUAUGGUUUGGCUGAGGCUGUGUAGUACUUUCACUGAUUGUAAAUAUAUAAAAGGCAACAAGCAUUAUUUCAGUCUUUCCCUCACUCUCUUUCUCUUCUCCCUCACUUUAAGGUUUAUCGAAACUCACUUGACAUGUUUUCUAUUUGUGUGUGUGUGUGGCCAAUGUUUUAAGUGGAAGCUAUUUUUAUGUGAAACCUCACUUAUUUUACAUUAUCGUAAGGUUAUUUAAGGAGGCAGUGAAGUGCCUUUCGGUGGAAUAAGUAUGAAGGCAGGACAAUAUUUGCAUGGUCGUGUUGUACGCUAUAAACGAUAUGUUUUGGUCCUCCACGCUAGAGCUGCUCAGAAGUCUGUCGUAGCUUUACCUCUGCCUCGUAAUCAGCUUGUUUUUUAAUUGGGAGACUAAGAGAUGAGAGCAAACCUCUUUAACUUAAAUGCAACACGUUUUUAAAAGGGGGAAGAUACUGCUAAAAAGGAAUGGCUUCACCUCCUUGCUCUGCAUCCACAUUCAAACAGACACUGAAUGCAUGAAAGUAGCAUGACUGGUCAUGUGAUCUCCAUACUGUAUUAGCAGAAAGUAGACUUGAAACAACCUCAUACGCCCAUCAGUUCAUGUGCCUUCAUCAUUUAUGUGUGUAUGCCUGCCUUUUGAUGUUUUGGACAUCAUUUUUCAUGGACAUCUUUGAAAUAAAUGAUACGAUUGUUAAUAGUCA